AGGAUAUCUAUAGUACAGAUGCACCUAUUCUUUAAGAUUGCUACUUAAACCACUUUAAACAACACUCAGGUCUUCUCACUAUUGAAUACUCCGACAUGGUUUCUACAGUGGCCGACAUCACAAAUAGUGGUGGCCAGAAAGCAUAUCCCGACCUGGCUUCUAAACCCGGUCCCCUCAAUAAUGGCAAUGAAGGGUACUCACUUCCCGCUAAGGAAGCAAUGAAAAUGAUCGGCUGGGACAGCAUGAGCAUCAGCGACUGGAAGGCCCGAGAGAAAAUCGACCAGAGCAAACAAAUCCGGCUUGUAUGCCUAUCACAUAUGCGCUACCAGCAGCCCGACUUCACAGAGAUUUCGAUAUUCUUGGAGAACUUUGGGAUGCAUUGCGUGAAGAAAACAGAGGACGCCAUUUGGUACAGAGGAUAUGGCUCGGAACCUUAUGUAUAUGUGGUUGAGAAAGGUCCGAAGAAGUUCCUUGGCGGUUCGUACACUGUGGAGAGUUAUGCAGAUUUAGAGAGGGCUGCGGCAAUACCCGGCGCAAGUAAGAUUGAAGAGUUGACAAACGCUCCAGGAGGGGGCAGCCGUGUUACAAUCUAUGACCCGGAAGGUUUUCCCGUCAACCUCCUAUAUGGCCAGGAAUUAGUCGAACCAGGCCAGCUCCCUGAGAAGCUCGUAUACAACUUUGAAGAAGAUAAGCCGCGCAUAGGAUCCUUCCAGCGUUUUACAGCAGGCCCAGCUGCAGUCCACAAGCUCGGCCACUACGGCCUCUGUGUCCUUGACCUUCAAAAGCAAGUCCAAUUUUACACCCGCACUUUUAAUCUCGUCCCGUCCGAUUUCAUGUACGUUCAGGACCCGAACGAUCCAUCCGCACGUAUCGAGGUAGCGCUCUUUGCACACAUCGACCGGGGCGAUGACUACGUCGACCAUCAUACCUUCUUCAUGAGCAAGAACCCGACGGCACAUGUGCACCACGCCUCUUUCGAGGUGCAUGACUUUGAUACCCAGAUACUGGGACACCAAUGGCUAGCUAAGAAGGGUUACAAAUCUGUUUGGGGAGUAGGCCGACAUAUCCUGGGGUCCCAAAUAUUUGAUUAUUGGUGGGACCCUACCGGUUUCAUGAUCGAGCACUACACGGAUGGAGACACUGUCAACAAAGAUACACCUAUUGGCUUUGGUCCCGCAGGGAGCGAAUCCCUUGCAGUGUGGGGCCCAGAGGUUCCCGCUGAUUUCCUGGAAUAGGCGGCCAUGAGAAAGAUUCGAUGAGAAUUUGACGGUGCGCCCCAGAAGAACUAGAUCAUCUGAAGUAUCUGAUUUUAGUUCUAAUUAUACAAUGAAUAGC